CCACCCGCUCCAAUUUGAAAACCGCUUUCCUCCUCGGCUUUCCUCCCCUUCUCGGAGAACCUCUCUGCUUUGCUCGCGCACCAUCUCCUCGGGCGGCGCGCCUCGCCGCUCGCCGGGCGCCAUGGCUGCUGCCGCCGCCUCCGAGGUGAGGGUCGCGAGCAGGAGGAUCGUCGACUACCUCAACGACGGCGAGGAGCUCGGGGUCGAGGGCGCGGGGGCGGGGGCGGAGACGCCGCCGUGCACCCCCGCGGCGGCGGCGAGGUCGGUGCUGCCGAAGUUCAGGUGGCCACGGCUCGCCAGGCUUGGCAAAAAGGGCGGCGCCGCGAACGGGAAGGGGAAGGGGAAGGGGAAGGAGGAGGCCGAGGUCGUGGCGGAGAGGCGCGACGACGACCCGCCCAUGGCCGCGUCUACCUCAGCUCGCGAGCCCGCGGCCGCAACCGACGCGAAGCACCCGGACCUCGGCGUCGGGCUGAGCCUCGUGUUCCUCCUGGCCAAGACGUCCGACGAGUUCAGCAAGAUGGUCAAGGUGCGCGCGGAGAUGGAGGCGCUCCUGAAAGAGAUCAGAGACGAGGUCAGGAGCAAGGACCGCCACGGCGAUGCACCGAAAGCUAGCAACCGCGAGUCCACCACGUCGAGCUGCGUCACCGACGGGAACGACCGGAGCUCUAGUGCCGGCGUGGAGUAUCGGGCCGGUACGUCAGGCGUGGAGCCGGCGAGCUGCGAGAAAUCGUUCCAGGAUGGUGGUUGCUGCGCGAGGAUGGACGACGUGCUCGAGGAGGAGUUCCACGCCGAGCUGGAGAUGCUUAAGGUUAAUUACGGUUCAGAGACCCCGUCAGUUCUGCCUCAAGAAGAAGAUGAUGAAGAAGAACACUAUUCAGAGACAUACGAUGAGAUGGAAGGCUACGGAAAUGGAGCUGAUGACGAUUCAGGGGACGUUGUUGAGGACGAUGAACAAGAGGACGACGACGAUAAUAAUGCCUAUUAUAAUGGAGUUUCUGCUGUUGAGCUGGAGAGGAGGCUCCACGAGCUUCUCCAUCAAAGGAACCAGGACCGGAUCGAGGAACUGGAAGCCGCGCUGCGACGUGCGGAGAAGAAGCUCGUCGAGAAAGAAAUGGAGGUGUCUCUGUGGAAGGACACAGCUAAAUCGGCGCUGAGACAAGACAAUGAGCUGCAAUGAGGAGAUUGCGUGGAGUUGACAUACCUCUUGUACACAAUUCAUCGGUUGUACAGGACCACACGCGAAGGAGAAUUCUGGGCAAACUUCCGAGUUUGCUACGGUCAACUGCAGAAUGGAUCUUCUGCGGAAGAUAUAAUAGUGAACCUGUUCAUACCAAAGCUUAGUAUUAGCCUCUUAGAUUGCCGGGGCACGUUUUGACUUUGGGUAAAAUCAGUAGAAUACUGCCUAUGUUAGCCUGACUGAUGUACGAAUCCUUGGGCAUUUGACACUGCAAGUUUUAGCAUAUCUAGAUGGGCAUGGCUUAGAUCACAUGUGAAAAAUCUGGCUUCUUAGGGUGUGCCACUAUUUUUUAGAGAAAAGGGAUGUCCCCGCUUUAUUUCAACGAAACAAAGCAAAGUUCAGCA